UGAAGCACACAUAACCUUGUGAAAACCUUCAGUAAACAUAGAUAAGCUCAAUUUCUGUUGGACAUUUUGAGGAAAAACAUGAGUGGAUGUCCUUUUUUGGGAAGAAAGUAUCCAUUGUUCACCAGUAAACCCAGUCAGGCAGAGGAAGAGGAUGAAUCCCAAAAGGGCAUCAACAAAGCCAUGAAAGGAGGAAUCGUCUAUGGAGAAUACCUACAGCUUGACAAGGUGUUGAGCGCUCAAGUUUUGCAGAGUCAAGAGAAAGGUAACAAAAUCCAUGAUGAGCAUCUCUUCAUUGUUACCCACCAAGCUUACGAAUUGUGGUUUAAGCAGAUACUGUGGGAGCUUGAUUCAGUUCGGGACCUGUUCAUUAAAAACCAUGUUCGGGAUGAGAGAAACAUGCUGAAAGUGGUGAGCAGGAUCCACAGGAUCACCAUGAUCUUCAAACUACUGGUGGAGCAGUUUGCUGUCCUGGAGACUAUGACUGCCCUGGACUUCUUUGAUUUCAGGGAGUAUCUGUCCCCAGCCUCGGGGUUCCAGAGUCUUCAGUUCCGUCUUCUGGAGGCUAAGAUUGGUGUGGCGGACCAUUUGAGAGUCCCCUACAACCGACGACACUACAGAGAUUCCUUCCAUGGACAAGAGAGCGAGACGCUGAUGAGUUCAGAGCAGGAACCCACUCUCCUUCAGCUGGUGGAGCAAUGGCUGGAGAGGACUCCUGGACUGGAAAAGGAAGGAUUUAAUUUCUGGGGGAAACUCCAAGCCAACAUCGAAGAGGGUCUCAAGAUGGAGAAGCACAAAGUGGAAGUUCGUCCUGCUUUCUUUUCCGAUCACAAUGAUUUUUUCCAUUCCGUUUUCUCAGAAAUGUUGCUAUGCUCAAGGUUUGCUCAUUGCUUUGACUUACAGAAAAUGGAAGAUUCUGAGGUGAAGGAGGACCUUCUGGCAGAUCGAAACAAACAGACUGAGGUCUUCACCGCCCUGUUUGAUCCAAAACGCCAUGAGCAUCUUUUAAGCAAAGGUGAACGGCGACUUUCUUACAAGGCCCUUCAGGGAGCUCUAAUGAUUAAUUUCUAUAGGGAAGAGCCUCGAUUCCAGGUGCCCUUCCAGCUCCUGACUGCACUGAUGGAGAUCGAUACGCUCAUGACCAAGUGGAGAUAUAACCAUGUCUGUAUGGUGCACAGAAUGAUUGGGAGUAAGGCAGGGACAGGUGGAUCUUCAGGCUACCAAUACUUGCGCUCCACUGUCAGUGAUCGUUACAAAGUGUUUGUGGAUUUGUUCAACCUCGCGACAUUCCUGGUACCUCGUGCCUGGGUGCCCAAACUGAACCCAAACAUCCAUAAGUUUCCCUACAUGGCCGAGUUUUACGACAGCUCGUACAGUUCAUACAGCAGUGAGGAUUCAGAUUAGAAAGAUCAGACUUGUUUGUCUGUGCUUAUGAAACAAAAUGAUGUCCAGAAACUCAGGAACAGACUCUGUAUUGAUCAGCCAAAGUUUGUGUUUUUUGUUCCAUUUACAUGAUUGAUUGAUUUGCUGAGGCACUGAAGGUCUAGAAACUUCUCUCAAGAUGAUGUAAAGUAAGUUUCAUGAUGAAGUGAUUAUGCAUAUACUGGAAAUCAAGAAAUCUUGUGCAUACUAUUUAUAUUUUAAACAUUUAUGUAAAAAAUGUCUCUUUUGUAAUAUAUUUUUGAAUGAAGCACAUAUCCAUAUAUGAAGCACACAUGUAUAUAAAUAUAUGUAUGUAUUUUGUAAGCUGUGCAUGAACAAUGAUAAAAUAAAACCUGUCUUAAGUAGCAUGGGUAUAUUUGUAGCAAAAGCCAACAAUACAUUGUAUGAGUCAAAAUUAUCGUAAAGUAAAGAUCAUGUUCCAUGAAGAUAUUUUGUACAUUUCCUACCAUAAAUUUAUCAAAACUUAAUUUUUAAUUAGUAAUAUGCAUUGAUAAGUACUUCAUUUGGACAACUUUAAAGGCGAUUUUUUUCAAUAUUUAGAUUUUUUUUCCUCCUCAAAUUCCAGAUUUUCAGAUAGUUGUAUCUCAGCCAAAUUUUGUUCUAUAUACUAACAAACCAUACAUCAAUGGAAAGCUCAUUUAUUCAGCUUUCAGAUUAUAUAUAAAUCUCUAUUUCAAAAAAAUUGACCGUUAUGACUGGUUUUGUGGUCCAGGGUUACAAAUGUAAUUUUUACUAUACAGUUAAAAUGCUUAUUUUAUGCUUAAGGUGAAAAUACUGUGCACCA